AUGAAAUUCUUCUUUCUUCUUAACUGGUGUGUUUGUGUUCCAUCUCCUUUCUCUGCUGUAAUUGUUAACUGCUGUCAAUUUACUCUUGGAUGUAUUUGUAGUGGUUUUGACUGCUUUGAUACUCAAUGUAGAUUUAUUUUCCCAGAUAAUCUGUUGGGGAUUUCCUGGGUUGACAGCUCCUGGAUUCCAAUAUUAAACAAUGGGAGUGUGUUGGACUAUUUCUCAGAGCGAAGUAACCCUUUCUAUGACCGAACAUGUAACAAUGAAGUCGUCAAAAUGCAGAGGAUGACCCUGGACCAUUUGAACCAGAUGGUUGGAGUGGAGUACAUCCUUCUCCAUGCUCAGGAGCCCAUUCUGUUCAUUAUCCGAAAGCAGCAAAGGCAAUCUCCAACACAAGUUUUGCCAUUGGCUGACUACUACAUUAUUGCUGGAGUGAUUUAUCAAGCACCUGACUUGGGAUCUGUCAUUAACUCCAGAGUGCUGACUGCAGUGCAUGGAAUUCAGUCUGCUUUUGAAGAAGCUAUGUCCUACUGUCGCUAUCACCCAUCCAAGGGCUACUGGUGGCAUUUCAAAGACGAGGAAGAACGAGAGAAAACUAAACCAAAAGCCAAGAAGAAAGAAGAACCAAGCUCUAUUUUCCAAAGACAACGAGUAGAUGCUUUGCUCUUAGACCUAAGACAAAAGUUUCCACCCAGAUUUGUCCAGCAAAAGCCUGGAGAAAAGCCUGUCCCAGUGGAUCAAAUCAAGAAGGAACCAGAACCAGUCCCUGAAGCUGUCAAGACAGAGGAAAAAGAGACUGUAAAGAAUGCUCAGAGUGCUGGUGCUAAAGGACCACCUGAAAAACGAAUGAGACUCCAGUGAAGGAAGAUUCUAUUGCACAUCUGGAUUUGUCAGAACCUAGAAAACAUAGGAUUCUUGCUCUCUUUUCUUUAUAUUUAAGCUCUUCCACUGAGACUGAUAAUUCAGGGACUGAGAUCCCUGUAACAGCUUUUUCUGUAGAAACCUCUCAUGCAAAUGUUAAUGUUAGGAUGUGAGAUGCCUCAAAGGAGGCAGUCAUGGUCUUAUUUUGAAUGCUGACUUCUGAGAAUGGUUUUUACAUGGACAUGUUCAGCAGCCUCCUGCAGACUUUACAAACUCCUGCAUCCUUUGUGUCUAGGUUUCCUAUGUAAAAAGAAAAAAAACUUUUGUAUAUAAGAAGGAGUUGGAAUUCUUGGCAAAUAAAAUUCCUGGCUGCUGGAAGGCUUUUCUUAAAUGCAUACGUUUUUAGUAGCAAAAUGCAUCAUAUAUGCUGGCAGCUUUUUUUUUAGUUAGGUUACCCACUACAAAUUGCUGUGCCUCUAGUGUGCUUGGGAUAAAGAUAAAAGAUUUGCUGACUGGACCCUCAAAUCCUUGUAGUUAGAUGUCAGGACGGUCUCAGUUUCUAGAUAUUCUUGGACAAGGAUUUUACUUAAUGGUUAAGCUGAUAGUUUAUUAUGCAAGUUAGUGUUUUGGGAGAGAGAUUUAUGGUGCAAAACAGGCUAAGAUUUCUUGAUGUUGCACACUCAGUGAAGCUAUUUAUAUUUCUAAUUUUCCACUGUAACUCAAAUAUAUCAAUCACGUCUCUUCCUCUGUGCUCCUGGCACUUCCUUGUUCUUUAUUAGGCAUGUGCCUUUCAGACUCACGGAAAUGGAACAGUGGAAGAGAAACAUCACUGACAUCUAUACACUUAUUUAAGCAUAUUGCUUACAUAGACCUUUUUUUUUCUCAGAAAAAUUAGAAAUCAUCUGUUGAAAAGAAAUUACUAUUAGUUUGGUUUUGGUUUUUCACUGAAGUAAUGGAGUGAACCUUGAAAUAGUUUGCUUUCUUUCCACAACUGUCACCUGUUUUCAGUAAGUAAACUGUAGUUAGCAAGAAAAAGGUUUGUACACAGCAACCAAAAUGUAGAUAGGCAGAAAGACUAAAGUACGCUUAGAUAGCUGUGUCAAAUUUAUCUUCAGGUUACAAGACACUCUUUUUCAGUAGCUUAGCUCUCCAGUCAGAUCUGUUUAUUACUGAAUGAUAGAAAGACCUGUCAGGUCUAUUUGUUACUGAAUGAUAGAAAGAUCCAUGUCAGUUUUGUCAUAUAAUCCAAAGUGGAAAUGUUAAAAGAUGCAGAUAUGCCAAUAGCUGUUCUCAGUUAAUGCAGAUACAGAUCUGAAAUUCAUAUAUUCAUGUACUUGAGUGUGUAUUAGGUUUAUUUCACGCCUGGAUCAGGUUUGAACAGCCAUUUCUCAAAAUGUUGAUAAAAGUAGAUAAGAAAAUAGUGUGACUAUCAGAUCAAGUGAAAAUAUAGAAAGCAGUUACUCUGGGAUGCUCAAAACCAGACAAGGUGGUGUGAAUAUACUUAGAACAAAAGGGGUUUCAUUCUUUCUUAUAUUAUAGAAAUGCCUCUGAAAGCAAGUAGUAGAAGAAGCACAAAAGCCAUUCCCUUAUCCACCCCCAUGAAGGAAAUGCAGGAUUUCCAGAAAUAAGACAUGAAUGGUGAGGCACCUCAGCAGUCCUUGCUGUUGAUGGCCAGAAUAAAGUCCUUGGAAAUGGCCAUUAAAUGAGCUGAGAACCUGUAUGUAAUUUGGGAAAAGUUAGCAAGACAAAUGACAGACUGCACUUAAUGAAGAUCUAGGGUAUUGGGCUUCAGUUGUGUGGGGUUUUUUUGGUUUUUUUCUUUGGUGCUUUGGUGGGGGUUUUUUGGGUGGUUUGUUUUUUUUUUUUGUUUGUUUGUUUUUUUAAUGGAGAAAAUUAUCUAUUCAUGCACCAAGGAAAUAUUUAACACUACUAGCAGAAGAAAGCUUGCUUAUUGGUGAAGGCAUAUAGCUGUGGCAAAAAAUGUAUGCUGCAAUAUAGUAUGAGCAAAGUAUUCUAUCAGUCACUGGACUUCACCCGAAAUAAAGUGUGUUGUGCAAGUCAA